AGUCCGUUUCAUCUUAAUUAAUCCCUUUCACAUUUCUCUUUUUCUUUUCAUACACAUUCGUAAUUUAAUUUCCUCUGUUGAUCUCCUGCUACGCCUUCAUAUCCUCAGUGAUUUCCCCAUUCAAAUUCAAGGAGCAAGAAUAUACUAUAUAUUAGCUCCAAGGUUUGAGUUUUUUGAAUGGGAAAUUGCUGUGUUACCCCCGCUAGUUCUUCGGGGAACAGGAAUAACAAUAAAACUAAGAACAAUAAGGGGACCAAGAAGAAGGACAAGAAGAAGCGCAACCCAUUUUCCGUUGACAAUGAGGCAACGUAUCAAGGGAAUGACUAUUCGAAAAAGCUUGUCGUGUUGAAAGAUCCCACGGGGCAUAACAUUCAUGAAAAAUAUGAUUUGGGUCGCGAGCUUGGGAGGGGAGAGUUUGGGAUUACUUACUUUUGCACGGACGUGGAAUCCAGGGACAAGUUUGCGUGCAAAUCCAUAUCAAAGAAGAAGCUGAGGACUCCCGUGGACAUAGAUGACGUGAGGCGAGAGGUUGAGAUCAUGAGACGUUUGCCCAAACACCCGAAUAUCGUGACACUGAAAGACACUUUUGAGGAUGAUAGUGCAGUUCACAUUGUGAUGGAAUUGUGUGAGGGUGGGGAGCUCUUUGACCGGAUUGUGGCUAGAGGACACUACACCGAGAGGGCAGCUGCAGGUGUUAUGAGGACCAUUGUUGAAGUUGUCCAGAUGUGCCAUAGGCAUGGCGUGAUGCACCGUGAUCUCAAGCCUGAAAAUUUCCUGUUUGCAAACAAGAAGGAAACCGCUAUGUUAAAGACAAUUGAUUUCGGGCUAUCUGUUUUCUUUAAACCCGGAGAGAUCUUUAAUGAGAUAGUCGGAAGUCCAUAUUAUAUGGCCCCGGAAGUUUUAAAACGCAACUAUGGCCCGGAGGUUGACAUAUGGAGUGCCGGAGUCAUUCUUUACAUUCUUCUUUGCGGCGUUCCUCCCUUUUGGGCAGAGACUGAACAAGGAGUGGCUCAGUCUAUUAUUCGCUCCGUGAUUGAUUUCAAGAGAGACCCUUGGCCAAAAGUUUCUGACAAUGCCAAGGACCUUGUCAAGAAAAUGCUUACUCCCGAUCCCAAAAAACGACUUACUGCUGAGCAAGUUCUUGAGCAUCCAUGGCUACAAGAUGUGAGGAAAGCACCAAAUGUUCCAUUGGGAGAGACGGUUAAAGCAAGACUAAAGCAGUUUUCUGUGAUGAACAAGCUCAAGAAGAAGGCUCUAACAGUCAUUGCUGAGUUUUUGUCCGUGGAGGAAGCUGCCGGAAUCAAGGAAGCGUUUGAGAUGAUGGACACCGGAAAGAAAGGCAAAAUAAGCAUUGAUGAGCUUAGGAUUGGACUACAAAGGCUCGGUCAUCAGAUCCCCGAACCAGACCUUCACAUCCUUUUAGAAGCUGCUGAUGUUGAUGGAGACGGAAGUUUGAAUUAUGGCGAAUUCGUGGCUGUUUCCGUUCAUCUGAGGAAGAUGGCAAACGACGAGCAUUUGCACAGAGCAUUUUCAUUCUUUGAUCGGAAUCGCAGUGGUUACAUUGAAAUCGAGGAGCUACGCGUUGCGUUGAGUGACGACGACAUCGACGGCGACAACAAGAACGAGGAAGUAAUUAUCGCGGUCAUGCAUGACGUCGACACAGACAAGGACGGGCGAAUAAGCUACGAGGAAUUCACGUCGAUGAUGAAGGCCGGGACGGAUUGGAGAAAAGCGUCGCGGCAAUAUUCUAGAGAGCGUUUCAACAACCUCAGCUUGAAGCUAAUAGGGGACGGCUCCUUGAAGCUCGCCAACGAGGGUAGAUGAUGAAUGAAUGAAUCAACAAAGGAAGUUUAAUUCAUAUAUACAGACACAAUGCUAGGGGUGUCCCAAAUUUGUACGCCAUUUCUACACCAAAGGCAAACACAGAAUAUAUAUGUGCCCUAACUAACAGACAUGAAGUUUCUGUGUUUACCUUUGGUGUACAAAUGAGGUACGAUUGUUGGGGUUCUCCGAUAAUUUUCCUAUAUAUACAGUCUCCACAUUCCGUGAUUUUUGCGGGUU